AUGGACAGCAGCGUGGUGCACAUCUCCAGGGAGGAGCGCUGCGCCCCGGGCCAGCCCGGAGACUGCUUCCCCAACUUCACCUGGCAGCCCGGCGCGGCCGACCUCUACAACGACACCCCCAACGGAACCUGGGAGUCCGAGCCCGAGCCCCUGUCCCCCAUCAUCCCCGUCAUAGUGGCCGUGUACUCCGUGGUGUUCGUGGUGGGCUUGGUGGGCAACUGUCUGGUGAUGUAUGUGAUCAUCAGAUACACUAAAAUGAAGACAGCCACCAACAUCUACAUCUUCAACCUGGCCGUGGCCGACGCUCUGGUCACCACCACCAUGCCCUUCCAGAGCACCGACUACCUGCUCAGCUCCUGGCCCUUUGGAGAGGUGGCCUGCAAAGUCUUCAUCUCCAUCGAUUACUACAACAUGUUCACCAGCAUCUUCACGCUGACCAUGAUGAGCGUGGACCGAUACGUGGCCGUGUGCCACCCGGUCAAGGCCCUGGACUUCCGCACGCCCACCAAAGCCAAGAUCAUCAACGUGGUCAUCUGGGUGCUGUCGUCGGCCGCCGGGAUCCCCGCCAUGGUGCUGGGCAGCACCAACACCAACAACGGGACCACAGAGUGUGCUCUGCAGUUCCCUGAUCCCUACACCUACUGGGACACCCUGAUGAAGAUCUGUGUCUUCAUCUUUGCCUUCGUCGUCCCCGUCAUCAUCAUCACCGUCUGCUACACCCUGAUGGUGCUGCGGCUGAAGAGCGUCCGUCUGCUGUCGGGUUCUCCCGAGAAGGACCGGAACCUGCGCCGGAUCACGCGCUUGGUGCUGGUGGUGGUGGCCGUCUUCGUGGUGUGUUGGACGCCCAUCCACAUCUUCAUCCUGGUCAAAGCCCUGUCCGCCGGCGUGCCGGAGACCACCGCCGUCAUGGCCGCCUACUUCCUGUGCGUGGCGCUGGGCUACACCAACAGCAGCCUGAACCCCAUCCUCUACGCUUUCCUGGACGAGAACUUCAAGAGGUGCUUCAGGGAUUUCUGCUGCCCCGGGGCCCGGGGGCCCGGCGACGGUCAGGGGGUGAGCCGGGUGAGAAGCACCCUGCGGGGCCACUCGUGUCCCACGGACCCCCGAGGGGACAGCAGGCAGCCCAGGCCCGUAUGA